CAUAAAAAAUCAAUCGUCAAAUGUCAAAAUACUGUGAUGGGACUGUGAAUUGUUUGUUUGUAAGAAAAUCUCAUUAGAAAGUAAUUCUAAGCCGUUAAAAAAUAAUAUUAAAUGACAAUACAUACUGGAAUCAGUGUCGCAGUAAAAUCAAUUUUAUAGAUAUUGAAGUCGUUGUCGCGUUAUUCAUCUGAGUGGUUAGCCUUGAAGUAGAUGUCACCCAUUAACUCAUAUUAUGAGUGUUGUUUAUUUUACAUUUUAGUCAAAUUGGUCGUGAAUUCAAGAUUAUAUGGCUCUGAUAUUUGACUUAUGUUUUACGGAAAUCCGGAAGAGGCAUGUUUCACCCACGCGUUCGGGAGAAAGGUGCAGGUCUAGUAGUUCUAAGCUGGAUAUAUCUGGCUGUGCUCUGCGCUGCGUCCACAGCUCCUUGCGACAAGACCCGUCGCGUGUUCACCGCACAAAGUGGAAUCAUUACCGAUGGACCCAGCAACUCUAACUACACACAAGAUUCGCAUUGCGAAUGGCUCAUCAAAGCGGCCAACAAAAGUCAGUACAUCACAUUGAGUUUUAUUCGUAUGGGCACAGAAUGUUCAUAUGACUAUGUAUUUGUUUAUGAUGGAGACUCCUUUGAUGCACCAUUGUUGGGAAGUUUCAGUGGGAAAACAGAACCUCAGAAUGUUACUGCCUCUAGCGGAUACAUGUUAAUACUGCUCUAUAGUGAUACAAACUAUGUAUUAGAUGGAUUCCGUGCCACAUAUGCAAUACACAACUGCCCCAACAACUGCACUGAUAGAGGACUCUGUUUAUCAAAUGAAUGUUUUUGUGAGGGUAAAUGGGGCGGACCGGAUUGCAGUGUGGCAAUAUGCCCCAAUCGAUGUUCAGGGAAUGGCCACUGCAAGGGAGACAGAUGUAUAUGCAAAAAAGGAUAUUCUGGUGAAUCAUGUUCGCUUAAGAAGAAUGAUAAAGAAGGAAACAGCUGGCAUUGGCUAUCACGCACUGAGAAUGGUAUGACAAAAAGAGCUGCACACACAGCAGUGUAUGUCAACUACACAGACUCUCUAUACGUUUUUGGAGGAUAUGAUCUGAACAAAGUUUUAGGAUUAUUAGAGAUUUAUAAGUUUUCAACCAGUCAGUGGUAUGAUGAGAAUGGGAGAGUAUUAUUAAGGUAUCCAUCAAAUGAGGAACGAGAUAAAUCAUUACUGUCUUUAUUUACCAAGGGAAAUAUUGAUGGCAGCGUGCACAUAGGAAACCGGAGUUCUUUAUUUAACAUACUAUUAUCCUCAAUAUCAAAUCAUGACAAAACUACAUUGCCUCUUAUGUACUCUAACUCGCCGUCGCCGUUUACCGAGAGCUAUUUACAUUUUACCGAACGACCUGAGUUUUUCAUUAUGAAAUCUAAUUCCACAAAACCUGAGCCUAGGUAUGGUCACGCGGCCUGCGCCUAUGGCAACGGUUUUGUUUUAUACGGUGGCAAAUUAUCAGAUGGUAGCCUGUCCUCUGAACUGUGGUUUUAUGAUGCUUUGACUAAUCAAUGGACGCUGAGGGCGAUGAACUCUACAAUAUCGCCGCCCGGGCUCACUCGACACACAUUGACAGCUGUAAAAGAUGACUUAUACCUGUUCGGAGGCAGUACCAUAGAUGGAGAAUUCUCGUCAAGAAUGUAUAAAAUAAAAUUGGGUGACGUUAAUACAGAGUCGUGGGAAAGGGUGCAAGUGAGGGGCGGCAAGGAAUUGGACGUGCGCGUGGUGGCGCACACCGCCGUCUACCACUCGUACUCGAACUCCAUACUUGUGUACGGCGGGGUUGUAGCCAGUGUUGCCAGGUUUUCUAAACUAUCCGAUAGAAUGUUCGCAUUUGAUAUAGACUACAAACAUUGGAGCGAAAUACAGUACCCGAGAGCGCAUUUACGCGAGACGUACGUGCCUAGGGAGAGAGCAUUCCACACGUCGACGAUCAUAGGAAACUAUUUAGUCGUAUUUGGCGGAUAUUCCCAUCGCCACAACAGAGAAGAAAUUUGUUACGACGGACAAAUGUACAUUUACCACCUGGGUUGUCAUUCCUGGAUAUCGUUGGACGUGUUGGGGAAAACGCGCAAGUUCUAUCCGAAAAAACAAGGUGUAUUUGCGCAUGCGGCGUCAUUGAAACCGCCGUCUACGUUGCUCAUUGCGGGCGGAUACCACGGCAAUGUGAACGGUGAUCUAAUAGCGUUCGUAGUCCCUAGUUGGCAGGCGGGUAUAACCAAUAAAAAUCCAGAAUCGGCUUGUCCGCGACAUCUAUCGCAACCGGAGUGUCUCGCCGAUCCAGAAUGCGGGUGGUGCUCAGCCGACGAGAUAUGUUACGGAAGAACAAUUGGGUCAAAUUGCACAACCAAUUUACAAUCGGUGCGAUGUGGAGGCAUUUGCCCCGCGCUCGGUGACUGUCACUCGUGCCUCAUCCACGGCCCGACGCUCGACAAACCGAACAGCACGCGCACGCCGCUGCCGUCAGUCAGCACCAAGUUGGGGCUCCAGCAGUGCAACUGGUGUGUUCAGAACGCUCGCUGCCAUCAUAAAGACGAUAAUUACGGUGUAUGUGGAGAGGAUACGCCGUCAGAAAAUCCUGGAUGGUGGGGUUCAACUGGCACUGAAGUCACAACUCCCGAUGAGUGUAAAAUACUUGACAAGCGACCUGGACUCACUUUCCUGCGUUACCAACAGCCCGCGGAUUGGAAUCACCCAGAUGGGGUUUCAGUUGUGAACGCGACCACUGUAGACUGGGUCACUGGAGGCGGCAGCAACCAUAUAUUCAGUGGCUCUAGUGAAGCUAGGCUCAGAGGCUGGCUACACAUACCACAAUACUGGAAUGGAACAGGGGAAACGUUACAUGUGUGCGCAGGCUAUUCUAAUAUCUCACUCAUGCUAGGGGACAGCGGUCACUCGGUAGCAAACUUGACAGCGCAGCCCUCUGCCUGCUCUCUGGUCGAUUGGCGCACACUAUUACCUGGGCGACUGUCGGUCGAUAUGCACGCAAAUGUUUCUUUACACACUGGUCUUUACCCGUCCCACUAUCACGCUAAAAUGGAGCUCUUACACAAUAAAUCACAAGAAAGUGCUAAGGUUUUCACCUUUGAGUUUUUGGAACCAUACUCAAGCGGACAAUGCUCUAAUUACGACAAUUGUCUCCUCUGUCUUGCCGACGCGGCGUGCGGCUGGUGCGAGUUGAGCAACCGUUGUGAGUCGCGCAACUCGGACGAGCGCAGCACGUGCGCGGCCGAUGGCGAGUGGCGCUACCUGACGCUGCAGCCGGCCGCGUGCCCCAACUGCUCCAACUACAUCAGCUGCGAGCGCUGCGUGGCGGGCGAGUACUGCGAGUGGUGGGCCGACGAGGCGCGGUGCGCGCGGCGCGGGCGCGCGGGCGGCGCCGUGCUCGACCGCGCCGAGUGCCCCGCGCCCUGCCGCCUGCGCCUCGACUGCGAGCACUGCCUCGACGAGCGCGGCCGCUGCGUCUGGUGCGAGGCCACGAGACAGUGCUUCAGCUUCAGCGUCUACACCAGCGAGUAUCAGUUCGGCUUGUGUCGCGAGUGGCUCGACCGAGCCUCCGUGCCCACCGACGAGGCGGCGCGCAAGUCUGGACAGUGCAAGUCCUGCCAGCGGCACACGCAGUGCGCGACGUGCUUGCGAAGUAUGGGCUGUGGAUGGUGCCACUCCUACGAAAACCCGAUUAACGGCGCAUGUACGGAAGGCGAUUUCACACGUUCCCAUUUAGAUUGCGCUUCAAUAUUAAAUGUUACAUCAUCUGAUGCGGGUUGGGCGUACGCACAGUGCCCCGACGUUGACGAAUGCGGCCUUGGCCUACACGACUGCCAUGAACAUGCGGACUGCACCAACACUCAUGGAUCCUACACGUGUAAAUGUAAACAGGGAUAUAUAGGGGAUGGUAAGAAAAGCUGUUUGCAGACAUGUUAUAAUAACUGCAUACACGGCUAUUGUCUGGGCGCGCCGCAGUACAAGUGCCACUGCGAUUUGGGAUGGACGGGUGCCGAUUGCUCCAUCAACUGUGGAUGUCAUAAUCAUUCUACUUGUAAGGGAGGCGUGGGGAGAUGUGACGAGUGUCAAGACUGGACCGAGGGUGAGUUCUGCGAGUCCUGUAAACCCGGCAGUCACGGUAAUGCAACAACGGGCCAGGGAUGUCGCCGGUGUGACUGUAAUGACCAUGGCGAUGAAACAAGAGGCGUCUGUGAUGUCGCAACCGGCGAGUGUAUUUGUAAAGACAACACCGAAGGCCAGAAUUGCGAGCGUUGUAAGUCAACGUUUUACGGUGAUCCUCGACACGGAGGGAGAUGCUACUAUCAAUGCGAGCCAAGGGGAAUGCUUAACGCGUCGGAAACUGAAGGUAUCGGAUCUUACAAAAGUGAUCCGGAUAUAAAAUCUAUAGGUCCAUCGAAGGAGUGUCUAUGGAUCAUAUCAGCUGAAGACAUAAAAGAUGCCAUAAUCCAGUUUACUAUAAAUUCUUCAUCAUUUAACGUACCUUGUGACGAAAAUGCGGUGUAUGUAUACGACGGGCUCGGUGGCGUGCCCGACAUGAGCAACAAUCAACAGAGUCAACUCCUGGGUGUCUUCUGCAAUGGCGCGUCUUCGGGAGUAGUCGAAGCUCGCAGCGGCAAUCUCACAGUUCACUACAAACAGGGACAGAUAGACCAAGGUUUUGAAGGAGUUUAUAAAAUACUUGCUUGUGAUAAAUAUUGUACCUGGCCUAGAGUGUGCAAUAAAAGACAUUGUGUGUGUCGCGACGGUUUCGGAGGGCCUAACUGUGAAGUAGAGAUCUGCCGGAACAACUGCAGCAUGUCCAUCAACGGUGGAGUGUGCGACACUAGCUAUGGGCGCUGUCUUUGCAAUGAAUGGUUUGGUGGCGACGACUGUUCUAUAAAACUUGAUAGAACCCAACUUGUUUUCACGGAAUUGUUUAACUCCGAGUACCUUUCUGACGGAUUAGAUCAUUUAAGAAAAACUCUCCCAAGAUUCGGUCACACUUUGGUAGCAGACCGACGAGGUCUGUGGAUGUUCGGAGGAUAUUCUCUUUCUCACGGUCCGCUUAACGACAUUCGAUUUUUCGAUACAAAAAAUAACACCUGGAUGCAAGUGACGGUUGAAGCCACUCCAGACGCGAAAAUGCCCGAAGGCAGGUAUUUCCAUGCCUCAGAAAUUUAUCAUUCAAAACAGAACAUUUACAUCUAUGGUGGCUUGAGUCUGCAAGAGAAAAGUGGACAAAAUAAAACACUUGGAGAUUUUUGGCAGUUUAGUUUAAAAGAUCAACGAUGGAGUAACAUCAGAGGCAAAGAAGAGCAACCACCGUCAUUGGCGGGACAUACACUUACAUUACAAAAGUAUCAAGAUUACGAAAGUUUAGUUCUGAUUGGAGGCUUCUCAUUGGAAGAAGGUUUUAUGUAUGAUAUGUGGGAGUUUGAUCUGGAUAAUGAAAAAUGGAUCAAGCUAACUUGCGAAGGCGCUAAACCGACAGGAAUAAUCGGCCAUAGCACUGUGUACCACGUACCGUCACAGAGUCUUUACGUUUAUGGAGGAAUUCUUUAUUCAUACAACGGCACAUCGUUAUCAAAUAAACUGUUUUCGUUUCACUAUCCUACCAAGAAGUGGAGUGAAUUGCCUGUGUUUCCAACUUAUCACCACUAUUUCGAUAACUUGCCGCAAGCGACGUAUCUGCAUUCAGCCGUCACGACGAACGACUAUAUGAUAAUAUUCGGAGGCAGAACGGAACCGGACCAUAGAUCUGACACAUUGAUCGCGUACGUUUACAGCUGUAACCAGUGGGUCCGACUAGUCAAAGGUGUCAGCAUAGUUGGUCACCCUCCACCGCCCACUAUAGCUCACGCAAUGGCCAUCGAUGUAGAAACAGAAAAUGAUGGAUACAUUUAUAUAAUUGGCGGCUGGACUGGUAGCGCACAUUGCCAAGUAACUCGGAUAUCUUUGCCUGAAGAUCUUUGUUCAUUAUGGAGCUCUAGUAAAAUGGAGUGUCGUAGUCAUAUGGGCUGUAGUUUCUGCAGCACUGGCAACUAUACGAAGUGUUAUUCUGUUGAUAAGCCUGGUUGUGAACGCAGCGACCGAGUGUCGACCAACGCAGGACGCGCGUGCGAUAUGGAACUUGUGUCUAAAAGGGCGUGCGAGAAUUUUACUACCUGCACAUCGUGCCUGGCGGCGUGGCCCAUGUAUCCUGAAGAAAAACCCGCUUGCAGAUGGUGUGAAUCGUGCGCCGCGGCUGUAGGUGAAUGUGUACCCACUGAUGAAUCUUGCACAAGCAUCAAGUGUAACGCAGGCACGACUUACAUCAGUAACGUGGACCAAUGCCCAGAGCUAAGAUGUGUGUCAUCAGAUUGCGAAAAGUGUGUCUCAAAUCAAUGUACUUGGACAAGGCAUAUAAAAAGAGAAGGUCAACUAACGCGAAUAGCGGAAGAAUCGCAAGAACUUUUCAAUUGGACGUGUGCUCAAAUAGACGAGCCGGGCAGGGUGAGUCUACGGCCGACAACGAAAGAAGAGUGCCCAAGCCGCUGCCACUUCUACGAAGACUGCCAAUCAUGUCUAAGCUCUGAGGGUAGCGAGGGGGGUUUCUCCGAAUGUCACUGGGCAACAUACCUCGGGAAAUGUAUAUCUCCUGCCUACCAGCCCGUGUACUGUGCAGGCGGCGUGUGUGGGCUAGUCCUAACUAAGGCGGUAAAAAAUAAAUGUCCUGCACCAUGCAAUACAUUCGACCAGUGUUCAGAGUGUUUGCACCACUCGCAUUGCGGUUGGUGUGCUAUAGAGGGCGCUAACGGGGAAGGCGUGUGUACGGAAGGAUCCAUAGACUCACCGCUCGAUUACUCCACACGGACCACUUGCGCUGCCGUAUAUAACAACGUUCAUCAAUCGAACGGCACCAAUGACACAUUCUCGUGGCAUUACACGCGCUGUCCGCCAGAGAACGAGUGCGAGAACAAUCACCAUCAAUGUAAAGCCGAAUCUGAAGUGUGUCGCGACCUGCCCGUGGGCUACUCGUGCCUGUGCGGCGCGGGGCACCGGCGCGCGGCGGGCGGCGGCUGCGCGGCCGUGUGCUCGCAGGGCUGCGUGCGCGGCGCGUGCGUGCAGCCCGACGUGUGCCGCUGCGAGUUCGGCUACGUCGGCGCCAACUGCACCAUACAGUGCCAGUGCAACGGCCACGCCGACUGCGAGGGACCCGACAAACUGGACAAGUGCAUCGAGUGCCACAACAACACUGUCGGUGAUCAGUGCGAGAAAUGUAAGCCGAACUUUGUGGGUGAUCCAGUGAACAACGUGCAGUGCGUGCCGUGUUCAACGCACUGUUACGGGCACACGUCAAUCUGCACGAGCGACGCGGAGGCGGAGGCGGAGGAGUACUACCGCGAGGGCGGCGCGGGCAGCAAGGCGCGCUGCGUGCGCUGCGCCAACUACACCGACGGGCCGCGCUGCGAGCGGUGCAUCGAAGGGUACUUCCGCGGCUCCGAGGACUUCCGCGACCCCUGCCGACCAUGCGAAUGUCACGGCCACGGCGACACGUGUGACCCCGUCACCGGCGAGAAGUGCAACUGCGGCAACAACACGGAGAGCGACAUGUCCGUGUGCCAGACCAGCGGCGCCAGCAAGAACUCCGCGCAGGAGUGCUGGCGGUACCAGUGCGUCAAGUGUCGCGACCUGUACAUGGGCGAACCGCGUAACGGACACCAGUGCUACAAGAUCAUUAACAUCGAGAACAAAUUAUGCUUCGAUGGCAAAUCUAUAGAUGAAUGCAAACUUAAACCACGUCCUUUGUACCCCGGCCAAACGGUAUUUAUCGUGGUCAAUCCUCGGUACAUGAAUGUCGAUAUACGAGUGAUUGUAGACGUAACCCAAGGAGCUGUAGAUUUAUACCUAAGCCCAAAUGGUAGUUCAUUCGUAGUAUUUGUCAAUUCGAGUACAGGAGCCCAUAACGUAGAGUUGGACCCCACUUACUAUAAACACGAACCUUUUCGUAAAAUACCCUCAUUCGAUGAACGGGCGUCCGACAAAUGGUUUUAUGAAAAAACUGAAUACACACUUGCUGAUUACACUGCAAAAGACCUUGCUACGUACGUGACAGUCGACCGGAGGAAUAUCCUGCUGCGAGUCCGAAAUCUUCGUAACCGACUGGUGCUGACCCUGCCCCACAACAUCCACGACCUGGCUCACACCAAGUUCUUCAUCAUACUGCGCGCGCGACACUCCGAGGAUGGCGCGGCUAGCUUCGGUGUGACUUACUUCCGCCAAGAUCAGCUGCAUAUCGACCUUUUCGUGUUCUUCUCAGUAUUUUUCUCGUGCUUCUUCUUGUUUUUGGCCGCGUGCGUUGUCGCCUGGAAAGCGAAGCAAGCAGCCGACGUCCGUCGCGCCCGCAGGAGGCAUGUGGUUGAGAUGCUGCACAUGGCGAAACGACCUUUCGCAGCGGUGACGGUGCUGUUGAAUGGCGGCGUGGCGUCGGUGGGCGGUGCUAGGAGACGUCGCGCUCCUGACCUCCGGCCUGUCGCCAUUGAACCCACUGGCGACGGACGCGCCGCUGUCACCUCCGUGCUCGUCAGACUGCCGGGCGGCGGCCGCGCGCCGGUGCGGCUGGCGCUGGCGUCGUCGCUGGUGCUGGUGUCGCGCGCGCCCGCGCUGCGCCCGCGCCGCGCCGCGCCGCUCGCGCGCCUCGCCGCGCACACCUAGCGCCGCGCCGUCCUCUGCGCCACGUGCGGGGCGCCGCGCCGCCCCGACCUCUACCCGCCUUCUCCCGAGUAGAGCGCGCCGAGUGUACUUGUGUGCGGUUGCCGUGUGCCCUGUGCCGAUUACUGGAGACUCCGCGUGAGCCUGGAUGCGCGUAAAAUUAUAAGAUUCAUUCUCAUAUUUGUUUGUGAAUUUUUUCAACUUUUUUCUUAAAAGAUGUACAGGAGUGAGUGUUACAACAACAAAAUAUCUAGAUUAACGUGGUCAACGAUAAAAUUUUAAUAUACAACAAAAAAUGAAAUGGAUUGCAAAUAAAAACUAUCAAUUAAUGUUGACAGUAAAAAAAUAUGCUAUCAACAAAAUCCUACAUUAUUUUUCCUAUUAUCUUUUCUAAACUAAGAUGUACCUUGUCUACUUACUUCAUUACUAUAAUAUUUUAUUAAAAAUAGGCGUUCGUGAGAUGUAGCCAGGCUUCAACUCAAUGGGAGUGGUGGUCAAAUUUUGAUCCAGGCGACCUUAAGUACUAAUUCCAUGUAGGUAGUCCUAAUAAUUCAAAACAAUGUACAAUGUAUGUCACUCGUGUGAAAUCUGGUUGCCAGUGUUAUGCCAUUAUUUCGUAUUAUAUUAAGUUUAAUUCUGUCACAAACCUGUUGGAAUACUAUAACACGACUCCAUGUAUAACUUUUAAGUAAAAAAUUUAGAUGCAUAUAUUAUUUUAAUGUCAAGUGAGGGAGUCACUGCGUUCGGUUAGUUUUAAUAUUAUGUGUGGUGUUGUUGUCUUUAUAUGUAUAUUUUGGUUAUCUGAGUGGUGAAUUGGUCUCCACUUAUACAAUGUAUCAUAGAUCUGCUAUUCAUUGCAUCUGUUUAAUUUGUAAGCGAAUUUUAUAGCCGCGUUUUAGUUACAACACAAGCCAAUGUAUCAAAUUUGUGCGCGUGUAGACUGUAGAGUGCUCAGGUUGUGAGUAGCCUGCGGCGUUCAGCUGUUUUGUUGUUUGUUUCUAAAUUUUAUUAUGUAUGUUGAAAUACGCUUUGUUAAUGAGAUGUUAUGAAUUACUAUACGUACAUGAGUUAACAAGUGAAGUUUAUUUACAUCAUAUGGAUAACAUUAAUAUGAAAAUUUACUGAUAAAAAGAACCGAUUAUUAUAGAAUAUAUUUUAAAUGAAUUAUAUGUUCCUACGAAUCAAUGAAUCUCUUGAAAGAUGUGAUGAUCUAUUGUAAUAAAAAUAUAUUUUGGCAGCUGUAAAAUGUAUGUAAUAUUUGCCAAAUUGUACUAAGCCAUUCAAUCAAAUAUUUUUAAAUCUUACAUAUUAUUAGCCGUGUCCAUGCCAACCACACGGAAUGGUGCGUCAAACUCGCGACAUAAUGUCCGGUCAGUGUGGAUGUUGGCUCUGGUGAAAGAACGCGUAUUAUUGUCGGUACGGCCAAAGCAAUGUGCACCUUAUCUACGUAAACAGUGAACAGAUCACUGGUCACUAAAAGCCUCGCGAAUACUAGGUUGGUGUGGGUGUGGUGAUUGACUUCAAAUUGAGUCAAUAACAAAGUAUAAUAUAUUAUGUUCUCGAAUAUUAAUUUAAUUCAUCAUCGGGGGAAAAUUAGGUUUUUUUUUUAAGUUUAACUAAAGUACCUAUAUGAGAUUAAUGUAAGUACAAUAAUAUUAAUAUUUAUAUUAUGUAUAUAUCUUGCCCAUACAUUCUUAAUGAUUUUGCACAAGUUAAAGUAGAUCAAAUGUUGAAGUACAUAUGGGAAUAUUUCGUGUAUUUACUGUGAAAGCCAAAUUUAAACAACACAUAGAUAUUAUUAUGUAUGAAAUAAUAUAUUUAAGUAUGUUAUUCAGCUGUUUGUGUUUAUCUGUGCUUAAAAUUUGUCUUUUUUCUUUAUUGUAAGUGUUUGCCAAUUUUUGUUUUAAAGUAUUGCUAAUAUUAAAUCCAUUAAUUGGUGUUCGCAGUAAACAUUUUAAAAAUAACAUCUGAUUUGAAAAUUUCAAAAAAUCACAAUGUGAACAUUUAUGUUACCGUUCACAAUGUGAUGUAAAAAAUGAUGCAACAUGGUAUUUUGCGUUCUAAAAUUUAAUUUUAAGGGUAACUAUUUGUUAUGUUCACACACAUGGUAAUUUAGUGGUAGCUAUGGCACUUCAACUUCAUUUGUCUAGUAGGUGAUAUUUAUUGUUUUUUAAUUUAGUAUUCAAUCUCGACUGUUUUUCAUAGAAUGCGUCCAAAGUAUUGUAUACACCUGCUAACGAUUGCUCAUAUCUUGUCAUCAGUAUUGUGUAAAUGGAUUGAUCAAUUAGUGGAUGUAAAAUUAUACUUUAGUAGGUAUACAUAAAAUGUAAGUGGGUACUGAAUAUUAUAGCGGUUUCUGUAAGUUAAUUGGUAAAUAGUACUUGAUCAAAGGUAUGAAAAAGUCCAAAUUACAUUCCAUUUUUGUGUCUGUGUACAUAUUAUGUAUUGUCAAAUUUUAGAUCAGAUAUUAAAGAGCUUUAAGGAUAGUAUAUUAAGAAAAUUAUAUUGCUCAUUUAUUCUAUUCGAACAUUUAAAAUGCAUUUAUUUAAUUGAUGCUUAUAGUAAAGAGUACAUAGUAAAUGGAAACUUUUAAACUAAUCGUACUAGAAAGCGUAGGUAACGCGGCAGAAGUUAAAAUCAAUUAGAGAAGUCCAAUGUCGUUUCUUAGUUCUUCUGUUACGGUUUACGCGCCGAUGUAGACAUGGGGGUCAUGGUUAAGUACAUUGCCAUAAGCUUCUAAAUCUGCUCUUACCUUCGAUGCGCUCUGCUUGGUCGCCUGCGUGUCGGCCUACGCUCAGUAUAACAAUUCGUUAUUGUUCAUUAUAAUUUUUCUAUCUCGCCUAUUUAGCACUCUAAUGACAGUAUAUUUAAAUUGAUUAUUCUCUGAUUAGUCAUUUGUUAAUCGUGAAAAAUCACUCUUGUCCCUUUUUAUUUUAUAUUAGCAAUGAAAUGGUUUAUUUUAUUUCUUAUAAAUAUAUAUUCAAAAUAAAAAGUUAGUUAAGUAUAUGUCCUUUACCGAGAUAGAAAGCAAGCAAGUAAAAUAUGAAAUAAAUCUGUUACACAAUAAACACUGUUUUAUAAGAUAGUUUAACCUUUCUCUACUCUUUACAUUAUUCUAUCUACGUAAUGAUCUUUAUUUGUGUUGUCUUCUAUAAAUAAGUUAAAUUUUUUUUGUGCACUACUAUCUCUUAGUUAUUUGCAGCUGAAUUUAUUAAGUAUUCUUUAAAAUAAAUCUACAUAACGAAAUAGAUUUUUUAUGAAAUAUUGUUACGAAAUUUUAUGUUGCUUGUUUUUUUUAUUUAUUUGUCACAAUUCGGUAUCGAAUAAAAUAUGGAAUGAAUUAUUAAGACAAACAAAAAAAAACUAACCACGUGACCAAAAAAAGCGUAAUAUUUCGUAAAAUCUAGUUCGUUACGUACAUUUAUUUUGAGAAAUAUUCUUAUAGAAAUGAAAUAGAUCCAGCCAGUCAUGAGGACCGAUCUAAGAAAUCUGUUUGUAAUGUCAGUCCGGAUAAAUAAUUAUUUUAAAAAAAGACAUGGCAGUUUUACAUUUUGUCUUUUAGUUUAAAUUGACACACUAAGCUCUCAUGUUUUAUUACUUUUGUCUAGUUAAAAAUAAGUAAGACGUGUGUCAUCAAUUAAUUAAAGUAAAUAGGCAUUUAUAUUUAAACAAGGUAUUUUUAAUAGUUAAAUAAGCAUAAUUUUGCUCAAAAAUAUGUUAUAAAAGUAAAUAAUAGCUCAGUUUUUAGAUGGCUUCUGGACAUGACAUGUGAGUCUAAUAUUUAUUAUCUAUUAUUAAUUCUUUAUGUAUUUUGUGUACUACAUUGUCUAUAGGUAAUUAUAUAUUAUGUAUUUUGAUAUAUGUUUCUGUAGCGUUAAACUAUUAUAGGUGAAAUUAUACAAUAGACUGUGUCCAAAUAUGCAUGUAUUAGUAUGAAUCUAUGCAGUCCUCUUCUAACAUUAUAUAAAUCAUGAUAAUAAUGUAUAUAACUCUGUACAAUAAAAUCUCAAACAGCAAUAAUGUUCAUGACAUCAGGAUAGAAUCUAAUGGCAGUAUUAUGUGUAAGCAAUAUAUAUUUUUGUUUAACCUAAAUGUAUAAAUGUUUAUAAAAUAAAUAUACUGUUGUUUAUAAUAA